AUGCCCGGGGUGGAGCUGCUGGUGCCGCUGCUGUUGACGGUGUGCGCGGGGGGGUGGCCCCACCCCACCGCCGCGCGGCCCCGCGCGCUGGCGGAGGGCCCGGGCCUCACCCACGCCGAUCUCGUGCGGCUUUUGCACGCCAACCCGAACCGCAUCUUCGGCCUCGGCCUCCCGGCCGGCCCGGGGCGGAAGUUCAACACCACCGCGGCCUGGCGCGUCGACCAGGCCGCCCUGCACUCCAAGUGCGGCUGGUCGCCCUACCACGGCUGGCAUCUCAUCGGAAAGGCCAUCCAGGAGGACUAG